AUGGCGUCCCAGAACGUCAACAUUCUCCUGUCGACUUUUCCCGGUCUCUCACUCCCCUCAACGCUCUCCUUCGCGCUACCAUCAUCAUCGAGCGUCGCAGACCUGACCGACAAAAUCGCCUCAUACCUACCUCCUUCUCUGCCACUCAAUCGACUGAUCUUGACAACAACCAGCAAUAAGCAACUUCUCCCCUCAUCCGAAACCCUCGCAUCCUACCUCAUCAGCAGCAAUGAUAAUCUCGCCACAACCUCCAUCCUCCCCCUCCGCCUCAGCGCCCCCCUAUGCGGUGGUAAAGGAGGUUUCGGAUCCCAGCUCCGCGCCGCCGGUGGGCGCAUGUCCAGCAAGCGCAAGCGCAACCAAGGCGACGACAAUGGAUCCAGCCGCAAUCUCGAUGGCCGUCGUCUACGCACAGUCAACGAAGCCAAGGCAUUGGCCGAGUACCUCGCCCUCAAGCCGGAGAUGGACAAGAAGGAGAAGGAGGAGCGCCGGCGCCGGUGGCAGGCUGUUGUUGAUGCAGCGGAGAAGCGUCAGGAAGAGCUGAAGAACGGAGGUGGCAAGCAGAAGAUUGAUGGCCAGUGGAUGGAGGACAAGGACGAGAUGAAUGAGAAGGCGAGAGAGGCGGUUCUUAUGGCCAUGAAGGACGGUAUGUGGACGGAUAACCUGCGCGAUACGAUUCUGGGCGGAUCAAGUACGAGUGCCAGUCCGAGUGAGGGAAGUGGACAGGAGACAUCCUCUAGCUCCGAGGAGGAAAGUGAUGAUGAGCAGGAGAUGGAAGAUGCGCCUGGACCCUCGUCGGAACCGGCGCGCAGUGCGGCACCUCGGCGGUAUAUCGGAUUUGAUGAGGAUGAUGAGUUCAUGAGUGAUUCUGAAGAGGAGGAGGAGGAGGAGGCUGAAGAUCCUAAGGGGAAGGGAAAAGCGAAGGCUUGA